UCCAAGGGACGGGACGGUGCCAGGAGAAGCAAGAGACAAUCAGUGGGGCUUUCCCACCGCCCCCACGAGAGCCGGGGCGAAGGUGUUUUCCAGCAGCGUGGGGUCUUUUCUUUCAAUAAAGGUUAUUAAAGAUGUUACCAGGAGCAUAAAAACGAACACAAACGAAUAAAGAGUCAAACGGGCCGAGAAAGAAAAGAAGAAGGAAGAAGGAAGGAAAAGUGUCCAAAGAGAGAACAAAAAGAAUAAGAAACAAGGCGGAUGUGAUCUUGAUGCUGACCUCUAGGUGGCCACCAUUCACGGGCACCAGGUUAUGCCCGGGUGGCACAUAGGAAGCUGUGAAGUGAAAGUAAGAAGCAAAGUGGGCAGAAAGAAAGUGGACUCGCUUCCGAAUGUCUUCUCUGGAGGUCGGCAUCGUGCUGCUGAUGGUCAUAGCGCCGUUCCAGCCAGUUCAAGGUGAAGAGCUCCAGCCACCUCGUAACAUUACCUUUGUGUCAAAGGAUUACAGUCUGUUCGUGAAGUGGUUGCCUCCUGAUGGCUCCCCCCCGGGAGUAUCCUAUACCGUCCUUUGGAUGGAGUCUUUUGAUGUUCAGUGGAAGGAAGUGCAGCCCUGCAGAAACAUCACUGGCACCCUCUGCAACAUCACUUGUGUGUUGCAAGAACCCAGCAACAGAUACUGGGUCAGGGUGGAAGCUCAAAGUGGAACCCGGGCUGGAUUCAUCUCAUCGGCAACUGAAACCGUAGAUUACAUCCUUCACGUGGAACUCGCUCCUCCAGUUCUCAGAGUAAAAUAUACCAGAAAUAUCUUUGGUGUGAACAUUUCUUUCACCUAUCCAUUUUGUAUGAAGCACAUCUUUCAGGAUCUGACAUAUGAUUUGGAGAUUUGGAAAGCUGGAUCCAAGGCACGGAUGAAAUAUGAGAACAUGCACGAGCCUUCAGUGGACAUCAGCACAACAAAGUGGCCCCAUGGCAAAUACUGCCUCCAUGCCCGAACAUCCUUCUUUAGAAAUGGGGACAGGAAACGGAGCAAUUUCUUGGCGCCCUUUUGCCUGUGGUUGCAUGAAGAAGCAAGAAAAUGGGAACUUGUUGCCCUUCCUUUGCUAGCCGUAUUGGUGACUGGUGUUGUGAUGUUUCUCCUCUACUACAAAAUCAAGAGCAAGCAAGUUGAGAUGCCUUCAGCUUUGAAAGUAUGUGUUGUGAGGAAAAAACAAGAUUAGGUAGGCCACUGGCCAGCUGCUGUUUUUCACAUUGCCCUUCCCCAUUGGUCAACUGGAAGGACACUGAGUGGAGAGACAGACUGUAGCAAUGACAGUCCUGGUUUGAUAAACAAGGAACCGAUGGCAAAUACAUUAAUGUGGAAAAUACGCCAUGAAGAUAAACUGUUGAGCAACAACUGUUCGAUGCAGUUUGGGGAAGUGCUACUUGCUUAGAGCUCAAUUAUACUUUCUGUUGGACAUGGUCAUAGUUAAGAUAAAUAUAGCAGCCUCAAAGCAGGUGCUUCUGAAAGAAGUACAAGAGAGCUAAGAUGGGAAAGGAACCUAAAGGGAGUGACUAAGAAACUGCCAGACCCACCACUCUUCUUGGCCUAAUGCCAACCUUCAUCUGGUCAGUGCAAAACAAAUAGCAGCUUCUGGGAUUGAUGGCAAGAGAUUGUGACAGUCUGGCUCCAAAACAUCUGGAAGGGCACCAGGUUGAUAAUCCCUGCUGAUGAAACCAUCUUCACAAAAUUUGCUUGCCAGUCUCUUUGCAGAGAGCGCUGAUGUUGGAUAAGACCAUUGAUCAGCGAUUCCUGCAAGCGUUGAGAUGUUUGAUAUAUUCUUUGAUAGAUAUUGGCGUACAUUAUGGACAGAUGUUUAAUGUUAUUCAUGUGCAGUCACUCAGAGAGACCUUGUUCCCCACCUUGUGCCCUGACACCUUUUUAACUGGGGAUGCUAAUGUGGACCUAGAGAUUUUCUUCAUCUUAAACAGAUGCAAUCUCUCUGUGGAGGGUGAGCUUUGCUCAUAGCAGUGGGAUUCAUAGCUGGUAUUUAACAGUUGAUGGUCUUGGAUUAAUGACAUCUGAUGGCACUUAUGAUUCUACUCUUGAAAGCAUCUAGUUUCUAUGCAAGAUAAACUCACUGAGAGGUCCCCUCAAAGUCCCCCCCCCACCCAGAGGGGACCUCCAGUGAGUUUAUCCUAGAUAGGAACCAGAUUCAUGGAGAAUUCAGAUUUCUCAUGGUGCAUUAAAAAGUGCAAACAUCACUUUCCAAUUAAAAUGGGUCAUUUUUAAAAUCCAGCUAUGAGCUUUAAAUAGUUAACUGCAUUCUCGUUGUUGAAUAUCAGCUGCUCUGUUUAAAUUGUGCAACCGUUUAAUCUUAGACUUGUUCCAUUUCUUAAACGUGUUUCAGUAGCAAUUUAUAUAUAUUCCUUAACAGAUGUUCCGAGUUUCGUUUUAUGAGCAUUUCUUUUAGUCACAUCUCUAAGUAUGACAUCUUUUUGUGGCUCUGUUUGAACUAUACUACUUACAUGAAGAUACUGAAAUCGGGGAGACAUUUCAGAGAGAAAUUCCUGAAUUUUUACUCUUUUGCUGUAUCUUCCUUACCAGUCAUUCUAAUGCUAAUGAAAACAGAGAAGAGGGGACCACCUUGCUUCUCCCUUUUGUAAUAAUGCAUUUUUGUGAUAGAAAUCCCUUUACAAUUAUCUUAGCGUCUUGUCCAUUGCAAGUUCUCUAUGUCCUUGAAAGCAAAUCUGAGCACAAUUCAUCUUCUUCAGGAUCAUGACUAUAAAAGUCAAUUCCAAAUUAUCAAAAGCUUUCACUGGAUCAAGAAAAAUCAUAGCCCCUUUCCCCUUUUUCUGAUUAACAUCAUCCGUGGUUUUCAAAAUACAUCUGAUAUUUUCUCUCCUGUCUCUCUUUAGGACCAAUCUACUCUGAUCAGGGGGAAUUGUGUUGACUAAAAGAUUACCCAACCUCUUUGGAAGGAUAGCUGUAAAGAAUAGCCGUAAAAAGCUGGUAGUCUGUGUUCAAUAAGGUGAUAAGCCUAUACAAUUCUGAACAGAUUGGGUUGUUCUUGUUAUAAGGAUAUAAAAGGUUCCUGAAAUGAAGAAGGAAGUUGUAUCUCAUACAUAUUCUGAAUGAGGCUUUGUCAAAAUUUCUUUUAAAGUCUUAUAGCAUGUUAAAAACCGAUCUGGUCUUAGGGAACUAUUCCCUUUUAACGUCUGUAUCACAUCCUUUAUUUCAUCUUCUGAAAUUGGCUUAGUAAAUAAUUUCUUUUGCUGGUCUGUAAAUUUUGUAAUCUGUGUUGGAUCCAAAUAUUCUUUACAGAUCCAAAUCUUUAUUGGCAUUAAAAGAGAGAACAGAAAUACAAAAACGCUCAUUGACUUAUCGUAAUAUUAAUCAAAGAGAAAGCCGUAUUCAUUGAGAGAUUUGUUUAAUAUUCUUUAAUCUUCUCCAAACUUGGUGUCUAUUUUCCAUAUAGCUGAGAAUAGUAUUUAACAAACUGAUUUCUCUUCUGAGCUCAAUAUAUAUAUCUUACAAUCCCAGAUUGAAACGAUAAUUGUUUUCUUGUUUGCUAGGCCAACAAUUUAUCUGGUUUGUUACCUGUCUUGAAAUAUUUCUGCCUAACAAGAAUGAUCUUAUCAAUUAUUUCCAAAAGAUUUAGUUGGUUACAAAUCACCUUAAUCUUUUUGUUCUAUAACCACGAUUCUUGAUUUUAAUUAUUUCAAAUCAUUGAACAAUAUAUCUUUCUAUUUUUGUAUGGUUUUCUGAUUGAUGCCAAGGAAAAAAAUAAUUCUCUCAUAAAUGCUUUACUGGAUUCUCGUAAUGGAUUCUUGAUUUUUAGAGACAUGAAUCAGGUUGUUUUCCUAAAUCUCGAUAAAUCGACUUCAUACAAGUGAAUAAAUAAAUGUCAGGAGUUGAAUUAAUUUGGAAAAACCUCUUUAACUCAAAUUUUCACUUCAGUUUGAUAUCUUCUUGCAAUAAUAAUAAUAAUCCACUCAAUCUUCAUCUUCUUACACCCCUUGAAGUUGGAUUCACUCAAUACUUAGGCCCAAUUCCUGUGGGAACAGCCAGAUCUUCAGAGCUCAAAAAAAAAGCUCUUAUUUUU